UCCAGUGACGGUGUAAUAAGUAUUGGAUUUGAAGUUUGCGCAAGUGCGACUUAAAUAUUUAAGCGCUAUUAUGUAAGUACGGUGGUCGAGACGGUCGUGUGUUUGUUGUGUUGUACGUUAAGAAAGCCUGCAGUCUGAAAUGCUCUGUGAGGCAGGGCUUUCCCCUUUAAAUGCUUCUAUUUGCUAUUAGCAUCGAGCCGCUCCUCCGUUUUAUUGACACGCAUCAAGUUUUGAGGGGGCACAGGCUACCAACCACACGGCAAUUUGAAAUUAGAUAUCUAUCAUAUGCCGAUGAUAUCACACUGAUUCUUUCCACCCUCGAAAGUAUUGAUCAUAUCACCGAAAUCCUCCAAGAAUUUUCGGAGGCAUCCGGUACAAAGAUUAACCAAAAUAAAUCUAAGGGACUUUGGAUUGGUGCUUGGAAUAACCUCCACAGUAAUUAUGGAAAUUUCAGUUGGGCUAAAGAAAACCUCAAAAUCCUCGGAGUACAAGUUGGAAAAAACAUAAAAUAUCAGUGGGACACGAAAAUCGAAAAAGUUCGAAAAGCAUCCUACAAGUGGAGCAACCAAAACCUAUCAAUACUGGGUAAAGCAAAAAUUGCGAAUCUCAUGCUGCUAAGCCCAAUGUGGUAUUUGCUCUAUACGCAACCACUCCCAAAAAAAGUCACUCAACGAGGUAACAGAAUAACAGCAACAUAUAUUAGGUCAUCAAAAUAUGAACCAAUAAGAAGAAACACGCUAUACAACAGUGUUGAGAACAGAGGGAUUGGACUUAAGGAUAUAUCUUUAAAAGCAUUUGUAUACCGUAUAAACAUAAUAAAAAAUAUCCACAGUCAUCCUGCAUGGGCAUGUUUAGCAAAAGCCAAUCCACAGAGCAACAUCCCUAACAUAGUAGUGUCGUCAGCGAAAAUUACAGACCGGUCGAAGCCGCCAGCAAUCCUACAGGAAGUAAUACGGUGCUACAAAGUAUUAAAAGAACACUUAUCUGAUGAAGAAAUAUUGUCAUCAAAACCUGACGAAUUGUACAACAAGCUUGUUGAUAUCUACGUACUGUACCUGACGAAUUAUACAUCAAGCUUGUUGAUAUCGAUUGAAACACUGUAUAUGAUACUUUACUGUAAAUACAGAUAUAUUUUAUAUUAA